GAAAAAUCAAAUGAAUAAGAGCGAACAGCAACAACAACAAACAAAAAAAAACAACAAAAACAAAAAUUGAAACGCGUGAUGUUCUCGCAUGGUGGUGUUGAUAGUAGUUUUUGUGUUUUUUUCUUCUUCAUUUCGAUCAUUUGGUUUUUCUCGUUCAUCGAAAAGAAUUUCCAAAAAAUUCUCAAAAUUAUCGAUUGAAAAAUUGCACUGAUUCCAUUUUGGUUGUGUUAAAAUUUUUUUUCAACGUUUUGUUUGUUUGUCUUCAAUUAACCCUCUUCUCUCCUAUCUCUCUCUCGAACGAUGAAUGCACAUUCUACAUCAUUUGAAUUUACUUGCCUAGGUAAACGUAUCCAUGAAAUUGUAUCAGCCAUUUUUCAUUCUGUGAUUUUUAAUCGAUGUUUUGGAAAGUUUCAAUAUAAUCAAGAAAAUUCCUAUUCAAUUGGUACAUUAGGUUUUGAAGAAGUUGUCUGUGAUUUUAUUGAUUUUACCUAUAUACGUGUUGCAUCAAUUGAGCUAACAAAAAAUGUUAAUAAUCAAAUUAAAAGAUUUGUUGAUGAAUUACGGGCAUUAAAUAAUCAAUAUUCAAAUUCUGCCAAUAUUAUUAAUGCUACCAAUUCUGCUGCUUCAGCUGUCAAUCAAACAACCACCACUGGUCAUCAUCGACCAUCAUCUGCAUUAUUCAAUAAUUUAGAUAUUUCCGGAGAAAAUUCUAAACAUCAUCAUCACCAGCAACAUUCACAUCAACAACAUCAUCAUAAUAAAAAAACACAAAGACAUUCAUUAUCAUCAUUAUAUUCAACAACAACAACAACAUCAACAGCAACUGGUAGCAUUAGUUUAGAAUUUCUAUUGAAAAGUAAUAAUCGUUUAUUUGUAUUGGAUACAUUAAUUUGGGAUGUUUGGACAUUGAAAAUUAAUUGUUUAAAAGAUGGCUUAAAUGAAUCAAUUUUCAAUAAAACAAGCAUUGAAGAUCAAUUAUUUGAUAAAAUAUCAUCGAUUGUAUCGAUUGUAAAUCAACCGAAUGCCUUUCUACCUACAAUGCCUUCCGAAUCUGAAUUGGAUAAUGUAUUUGAUACAAGUUAUCCGGAUAUUCAACCAUAUAAUUUUAAGAUCUCAUACAAAGUUGGUGGAAAAGAUUCAAAUGAUGCACGUACAAGUGGAUCAUCGGAAAAAGGUUUUGGACAAAUGUUAGGACAACCUGGACAGGAAAGAUUAAGAAAAUUAUUUGAAAAACUUUCACUUUGAAAA